ACGUGAAUCGGACCGUUUCUCUGACACGUCGGGCCCGGAGGCCGCGGUCCCAGGAUGCAGUGAGGCGGGUGGUUAGGCUACGUAUUUCCCUGGGAUCGUCGGGGCCACGGAAUUUCCCGGAGAAAGUGCGGGCGUGAGGGACGAGCGGACGAGCCUCAGCGGCGAGAGAAAAUAGAACGGGGAGACCGGAGCGGCGGCGGGGGAGGAGGAGACGGAAGGAGGGGAUCGAGAGGGGCGCGCGCGAACAGAAGAGAGAAAGAGGAGGUGGCAGGUUUGGUUCCGCGCGCGCCGACGUGAGAUUCCGGGCCCCCGUGCCAGCAGGUUCAAAUAAUGGAUUAAAAACUUAAGCUGACACUUAUGGCGGAUGCUCAAUUCAACCCAGUGAAUCCGAAGCUGACCCAUGAAGAACUAAAAUAAGCUUUAUGCUUCAGUGUCUUCUGAAAUCAUCCUGAGGUAUUGAUAAGUCAGCAACCUAGAGCAGAAAAUGUCAGCUCCGGAAUUCAGGACUUCUUACCAGCAAGUAUCAUCAUCACAGCCCCCUGAGAAUGUCGGUCAACUCAAGGUCUGCCGAUGUGGGUCGGGAGACUCUAACUUUCAGAUCACUAAUAAAUCUGAUGCUGGUGAAAAUUCACCGACAACUUGUCCAAGCUGUCAGGUUCUUAAGAGUGGAAAUUUAUUGCUCUCAUCUAAAGGGAUUGGAUGGACAGUAUGGAAAAAACGGUGGUUUAUUCUUACAAGGACAUCAUUAGUGUUCUUCAGGAGCGAUCCUAGUGUCCCCCCUCCCAGAGGAAGUGAACCAAUUGUUACACUUGGUGGAAUUGACUUGAAUAACAGUGCAAGUAUGAUAGUCAAAGAAGAAAGGAAAGUUAUAACAGUCAUCUUUCCUGAUGGCCGUGAUGGACGCACUUUUACCCUUAAGGCAGAAACUAUAGAGGACCUAAAUGAAUGGAGAAGUGCAUUGGAGAAUGCUCUGGCUCAGGCACCCAGUGUUGCGAAUACAGCGGGGCAACAUCUGGCAGUCAGCACUGAUAUAACAGAACCUGUUGAAGCUGCUGUUGAACAAUUGGAGGAUAAGUCUGUAAUUGGCAGACCAGCAGAAUUUGCACUUGUCGAUGCUGAUGGCACUACAGCAUUCCUGGAGAAGGCCUUAAAGUUCAUCGAAGACUAUGGUGUCAAGGUUGAAGGAAUUCUCCGUCAGUCUGCUGAUGUUGAAGAAGUCAAACGCAGGGUUCAGGAUUACGAAAAGGGGAAGAAUGAGUUCUCCCCAGAAGAGGAUGCACAUGUUAUCGGUGACUGUAUUAAGUGCAUUCUUCGAGAGAUGCCAUCUUCCCCAAUUCCGGCACCAUGUUGCACUGCCCUGGUUAGAGCUUACCGAACUGACAAGACAAGAAGACUUGAUGCUAUGAAUAGAGUGAUAUAUGAAGUAUUCCCAGAACCAAAUCGUCAAUUGUUACAGAGGAUUCUCAAAAUGAUGCAGAUUGUUGGAUCACACAAAGCUGAAAAUAGGAUGUCUCCGUCUGCUUUGGCAGCUUGCAUGGCACCGCUUCUUCUUCGUCCUCUUCUUCUUGGUGAAUGUGAAAUUGAUAGUGAAUUCAAUAUGGCUGGGGAUGGUUCAUUCCAGUUGCUUCAAGCUGCUGCUGCUGCCAACCAUGCUCAAGCUAUUGUUAUUAUUAUGCUUGAGGAAUAUGAUCAGAUAUUUGAUGAUAUUGAAGACGGUUCGUACUCUUCAGAUGCUUAUACUGAGUCUGACAUUGACAAGGAAUAUUCGACAGACAAUGACAUCCCUGAAGACGAUGGUUCCUAUGGUUGUGGUGAAGAUGUUGAAGAAGAUUUAAAUGAUGAUACUGAACACUCUUCUGGCAUUAGGAUUGAUAAUGCAGAUGAUAAGGUUAAUAACAAUAAAUCAAGCACUACAUGUGAUGACAAUGAUAAAGUUGUUCAGCCUCCUGCUGCAAGGGCCAUGAGAAUAGAACAUGGUGUGCCCAUGGAUGACAGUAAUCAAAUUUCUUCUCUUUCAAAAGUGGAUGAUACCUCUAAAAUGCAGAGCAACAGUUCAUUCACAGAUCAUAUACAAAAACCAAAUGCUGAUUCAUCAUAUUUGAGUGCAAAGUUUACAGAGAAAACUGGCGGCUCAACUUAUGAAAGCAAAAGGAACUCAUGGGGGCGUACUUCAGCAAGAAAAGGCUUGUCAACAGAGGAGGCUGGCUGUUGCAGUGAUAAUGACGAGGCUCAUAUUGCGAAGCUUGAAAACAAGAAGACCCAUCUCCAAUCUAAACUUACGGAGGAGGUAAAAGAAAACACAGUCCUCCAGGCAAAUUUAGAAAGGCGAAAAGCAGCACUACAUGAGCGUCGUGUAGCACUUGAAAAAGAAGUGGAAAAUUUACGAGACCAGCUGCAGAAGGAGAGAAAUUUGAGGGCUUCAUUGGAGUCUGGGUUAAUGAAUAUGCGAAGAGGACAAGUGUCCUUCCCAUCAACGAUAGACACCAAGACUAAAGCUGAUCUUGAGGAAGUUGCUGCUGCUGAAGCUGAUAUUAUGAACUUGAAGCAAAAGGUUUCUGAUCUUCGGGGGCAACUCAACUACCAAGUCCAGUUGAGUUCCACCUCGUUAUGUGAAUCAUGCAACAAGCGGGCAAUAAAUGCAGACAAGCUUGUCGAAGGUGAACAAAAUGCUGGCCUUUCUCCACAGAUUGGCUCCUCAGUCGAAGCACCACCAAUUCAAGGGUCUAAUUCUGUAGUUCCUGACAUGUUAUGGGCUACAAACCAAAUGGUUCAGAAGAUGUUGUAUUCAAAGGGUGAGAUUGCAAAGGACGGCCAAGAUGGAUCACUUACAUCAAAAUGGAACUUUGCACAGAGACCACACUCAAAUAGUCCAGUUAUGAGCAGGGUUCAAGGUUCCAAUGCCUAUUCAAGUACUAAAAACGAGGAAUCUGGAGCCGCACCGUCCUCUGCAUUAGCCAAGCUGACUACUCGACUCAACUUUUUGAAAGAAAGAAGGGCCUUGCUCGCCAGUGAGAUGCAAAACUUAGAUCUGGGUCGCUCCCAGGCCCAGAGGCACACGGCUCCUCCGAAAACUGAGACUCCGACCGACAAGUAGAAUCGUUUUAUUGUUAGGCUACACAAGCCCACAAAAGCAUUCUGCCAUCGGGGUGUGACAAGUCCAGCUGCCACGAUCGAUGCUCAUGUAGGAUCGCAGGCAGUGAAGAAAAGUUCGAUUGGACAAUGGAUAGGCUACCUACCUAUAGAGUAACUUGAUUUGUAAAUUGCAGAGGUAAUCGUGUCUUCGCCAUGAUGAUUCAUAUGUCAAGUUUUGUAGCGACACCGACGACCAACCUGGUUUGUACUAUUAUCUCCAAUUACACAAUACCCUGAAUACUCUGGAACAAAAAGCCAAAUGGCGCAUGCAAAUAAUCUGUCGGUCUGUGUGGUACUCUGAUAUGUACAUCAACUUCAUCCAUGAUUAAGCUAGGUAAAAAUACCA